CCCCCCUUUGCCCUACCACAUGCUCCCCCCUGCCUGCCUGGGAUCAGUGCGGCACCUGCAGGUUCGAGCACAGACACACGCAAGCAGCUUCCUCCGCUCUCAGCUUCGUAAGAGACCAGCAUCCUCUCCCGUCUCCUGCGCCAUGAGCACAAACAUACAGGUUAUCCUGGGAACGAUGACAUUCGGCUGGAGUUAUUCGUCAUCAAAGAUUGAAAACCAAGUAGCGGGAAAGAUGCUCGAUGCUUUCUUCGAUGCCGGACACAAGGACGUUGACACGGCCUUGACGUAUGCGGGAGGGAAGACAGAAGAGAUGAUUGGAGCUUUGCUGGGACCCGACACUGAGAGAGCCAAGCGACUUGGGGUACUCGCAACCAAAGCCGGCCCGUGGCAGGGGAUGACAAUGAAUGGCAAUGGCGGCUUGUCACCGGAAGAGCUUCGAAAGAAGGUGGAAACAAGUUGCAAGAGUUUGAAGCGAGAUUCUAUCGACCUCUUCUACCUGCAUGCUCCUGACACUGCUACGCGCAUCGAAGACACACUCGCUACCGUGAACCAGCUGCACAAAGAAGGGAAGAUCAAGGCACUGGGGCUAUCGAACUUUCAGGCAUGGGAAGUUUGCUACAUCCAUCAGAUAUGCUCGAAGAACAACUACCUCUCUCCGACUGUGUAUCAGGGGAUGUACAAUGCAGUGACAAGAGAGGUAGAACGGGAGCUGCUGCCCUGCUUGAGGAAACUUGGCAUUUCUUUCUAUUGCUACAACCCGCUUGCUGGCGGUAUUCUGUCGGGCAAACACCAGAGAAAUGAAGACCCGUCGGCUGGUCGAUUUCAAAACAACAAGAUGUACAAGGACAGGUUCUGGAAGGAUUCUUUCUUCGAUGCUGCAGAGAGCAUUCAGAAGGCGUGCGAUGCAGAACAGACAAGCAUGGUCUCCGCGGCUUUCCGAUGGCUCCUGCACCACUCCAAGCUACAGGAUGGCGACGCGAUCAUCAUCGGGGCGAGCAGCGAGCAGCAGCUUGACUCGAACCUCAAGGCCCUCAAGGAUAAGAACGCUCUGUCGCCGGAGGUCCUCUCUGCCAUUGACACUGCCUGGGAACGAUGCAAGGCUGACUGCCCCUCCUAUGAGCGCGGAUCUUCAGCCCUCUAAGUCCGUCCGGGAGCCUCCCGGCCUCUGCUGGGAUGCCUCAGGCGUCUCUAAGUUCCCAAACUUCCCUUCACUGUGACUGAAUGACACGUUCAACUU